AUGGAUAUGGACCAGGCCUGCUUAAAGGGCAUGGACAGCCCUCCUCAGUCGGCAGAGGAGAAGCCCACCAAAGAUGCUGCUCAGAAGGCCAAAGGCCCUCGGAAACGGACAAAGACUGGUUGUCUGACCUGCCGUAAGAGACGCAUCAAGUGCGGUGAAGAGAAGCCGAGGUGCAACAAUUGCAUCAAGUCCAAGAGAGAGUGCGAAGGGUACGGGCAGCGGGUCGUCUUCAGACAUCCUGUCGGCCCAAUUCCUCAUCUCGGACCUAUCCGCCAGCUUCAGGGUAUGGGCGGGAUGGCCGCCAUGCCCAUGAUGGCCAGCUCGUUUGCUCAUUCCAUGCAGCAUAUCGAAGCCUCCUCGACUCGACCGGCCCUUCUACCUAUCGCACCCCGUCCAACAUCCUAUCACACUCACCCAGAAGAUGCUUCACGACAUCACAGCUACUCAUCUAGCUCGGAUCCGUACGCCUCAUCACAUCACUCCGCCAUCAGCCCGGAUCAGCCGCCGUACACUUGGGAUUCCAUCUCGUACAGUGACGGCGCCUAUAUUCCAACUUCUUCUUCCGCAUCCCAGCACUACACCACUUCCGCCUCUUCUGCCGGUUAUGCGACUUCAGAGGCCCCCUAUCCCCACCAGGAGUACGGAUACGAGGACACCACAGCCGCCUGGGAAGAUGCGGGACAGCUCCAAGCAUAUGAAGCGGCCGCAGUAUAUCAGGCCCAGCUUUCACUCCAAGUUUUACGUCCAGAUGUUCGACGGGAUCAUGUUUCUACUACUACUACUACUACUACUACACUGGUGCCCAAAUUGGAGUCAAAGGAGGCGCUGAUUUUCCCCCAUACUGAUGAUGCCCAUGCCCUGAAUAACCAACAUAACGUGAUGAUGCACGAUGUUGGAGAGGAGAGUGAUGACUAUUAUGAUGUCGAGACAGACGGAGAGCUAGAAGAUCAGUAUUCUGUUGCUCCGCCUUCUUCAGGUUAUUAUGCGGUAGAAGGCGGUUGCGGUUCUUCCGCCUACUACCAUUCUGCACUUGCAGUAUCUAAUCCCCCAUUCGCGACUUAUAUGAAUUAUGAUAAUUUAUUGGCCACUUACCGUCCGUCUCCAUUAACAAGCCCUCUUAUCGACCCAGAGGUCGCCAAACUAUUCUCCCAUUUCAUAGGCUCAAUUGGCACCAUUAUCUCAAUUUUCGAGCGCAAGAAUAACAUGGCUCCCCAGCUCAAUUUCUCCCUUAUCCCGACGGAGCAGCAGAGCCUGUUUACUUAUACCUUGCCUACCAUGGCCUUGGAGAAUCACGGCCUCCUACACUCGCUGCUCGCACUGAGCAGUGCCCAUCUCGCGAAUACUACAGGCCAGUCGUCUUCUGCCGCCUUUAGACACUACCAUUUUGCUCUACGGCGAGUAAGCAAGGCGGUCGGCCUCCCGCAUAGGAGGAAGCAGAUUCCUACUCUCGCCGCCACUUUGCUGCUUGGGUUCUUCGAAGUCAUGGCCGCAGAGCACUCGAAGUGGUGUAGUCAUGUUGCUGGAGCAUCGCAAUUGAUACAGGAGAUUGAUUUUACAAGUAUGACGAGGCGCAUCCGCGCGAUGAGAGCGACGGCGAGGAAGCAGAAGUUGGUUGCUGGUGAGAAAUCGUGGACUCGCGCAGGCGACUUUCGUCUUGAUACCUUCUUCGAGAAUGAUAUCUACGCGCCAAUAGAGAGGGAGAUUGAUGUUGACCUGAUAAGCAUGAUUAUCGGGAGAAAGGCAAAUUACGACGGCCAUGUCAACAGCAACGAUACACCUUACGGACCAGAACAGGGUCUUACUGCAAAGGAUAUAGAGGACCAUAGGAUACGGACGGACCUCUACUGGCAUUACUGCAAGCAGGAUCUGUUCCAGAGCAUUAUCAGUGGAAAUCCUUUGCUGUUACCGUACGAUAAAUGGGCCCAAACUCCACCGCGUUCAGCUGUUGGAAGGAUACAGACAGCCUAUGGCACGAUGGAUCAUCUUCUCCUCCUACUUGCUCGCAUCUCCGCCUUUGGCGUAAAGGACAGGAAGCGAAAACUCAAGGUUAUGGAAGUAAACGGGGGAGAAUGGCGACCGCCCCCGAACAUGUUCCCUCCUGGCAAGGGCGGCGGAGGAAGGCAUCCUCCACCUGGUGCUGCUGGUGCUGCGACUACUGGUGGACCGCCCCGGGGUGCCCCUGGCGGCCCGCCCAAACACGCCCAACAGACAAAUCGGGAUAAGAGCCCGCCCAUGUAUGGCAUGCUGCCGGCUGGACCAGUCAAGCUACUGUCUGGCUUCGCAGACCCGUCAAACUAUCAGGCUGCGCCAUCACCUAGUAGCACCGACGAGAGUGAUCUAGACGCCCGCACUGCAGAGGCAGAAGCAGAGUGGCAAGAUAUUCUAGCUGCAUGCGAGUGCUUUGAACAGGCCAUGGGUCCGUCUUUUGCCCCAUUGCCCUCGGACGGAGCACCUUUGAUCACGAGUCCGUUUGGCCCUGCAUUACAAUACCGGACACACAUCAUUGGCUGCAUCUGGGGCCUCUAUUAUACAGGCCGCAUCAUCCUCCAUCGAUUUCACCCAUCCAUGCCUCCAGCAGCCACCAUGGCCGCCGUCGUGGCCGCCCCUAGAACUGCCGCGUACGCGCAAAACAUCGGUCGAAUAGCUGCCGGGAUCCCGUACGACCAACAGCGCUUCACCUCUUCCUCCUCCUUUGCUGGUGCUGGUGCCAGCUCCAACCUAAACGUUACCAUCGCUGGGGUCCUGAACGAACUUACCGUCUGCCUCUUCUUCGCGGCCGUGCAGUACGUCGACCCUGCGCAGAGGGCCUGGACCGUGGCGAUGUUACGUGACAUAUCGAAUAUAACUGGCGGCAAGUCUCCUAUCGCUAUCGCUCGUGGCUGUGAGACGUCCUGGAUCAAGGCGUUUGAGGCUGGUCGAGGCCCGCCUCACCAACGACUUGUUUUCGACUUUGAUCCAAACAUUUGCUAUAGCCAUGAGGGAACUGUUCCAGACCAUGGCGAUGAUAGACGCUGGAUCGCCGUGCAUCGCGGGAGCUCGAUCUCUUGGGCGAUGGGGCUGUUGUCGAUUGACGGCGAUUAUUCUGCAUCUGAGGAUAGUCCUCCUGCUCAUUCCGGUUCCUCUGCAUAA